CACUUGUAUUUAAGGAAGGCCAAGUGUCGCGUCCUCAAGGAACUCCUCUUCAGAAAGUGAGAAGUGUCCUGCGCGUAAAAAUGGAGAAAAUGCUGAUGAAACACAAGGGCCAAAUAUGGUGAUCCAUGUGUGUGAUGAAGCAAAAAAUCUGAAGGAAGAUUUUGUCUGUCCGCGAGAUCUCUUGAUUUCUGAAAUGAAGUACUUUGCCGAAUACCUGUCGGUGGAUGCCCAGCGCUGGGAAGAGGUGGACAUUUCGGUUCACUGUGACGUUCACAUCUUUAACUGGUUGAUUCGAUACGUUAAGAGGAACACUAAGGAGUAUGAACUACAUGAAGUACCUACCUUAGAACCAAGCAAUGUCAUUUCAAUUCUGAUUUCCUCGGAGUUCCUGAAGAUGGACUCUUUAGUGGAAAAAUGUAUUAAUUAUUGCCAUAAGAAUAUGAGUGCCAUUGUAGCCACGCCUUGCAACAUGAAUUGCAUCAACGCUAACCUUCUGACGCGUAUAGCAGAUCUUUUCACCCAUAACGAAUUAGAAGAGGUGAAGGACAAAAGAGAUAAAUUUAAGAGCAAACUUUUCUGUAAGAAGAUAGAACGCUUAUUUGAUCCUGACUACCAGAACCCAGAUUCAAGGGGAAAUGCAGCAACCCUGUAUAGGUGCUGUUUAUGUAAGAAACUUCUCAUUAAGGAUACAGAAAGGAGAAUUCCCUGUGUUCCUGGGAAGAUUAAUGUUGAUCAACAUGGAAAUAUCAUCUAUAUCCACAUAAGAGAUAAAUCUUGGGAUGUUCAUGAGUACUUGCUCAGUCUUUUUGAAGAGCUAAAAUCUUGGCGAGAUGUAUACUGGCGUCUUUGGGGAACUGUCAAUUGGUUGACAUGUUCAAGAUGUAAUCAAACCUUUCCAUGCACUGAAUUCUCACAUUGCCAAUACCAUCCUCAGCCGGUGCUCUACCCAGGUGUGGCAAGUGCUCUUGGUUCAACGGGCACCGGAGUUUAUCCCUGUUGUAACCAAAGGGUUCUUCGAUUUGAUCCUGCUCCUCUUCCAAAAGGAUGUAAAGUAAGGGACCAUGUCAUUGGCUUGCCCGCUGGAGGAGAAGGAGGGGAUGCCAUGCCCUAUCACACUGCUAAAAUCCUGAGUGACUUUACUCAGCACAGAAAUGUCCUUAUCGUGCCUUUUUCCAAAGACCAAAACAGUGAUUAUGGAAUUGGGUUGAACGACGAGAAGGGUAUUGAAUGCGAUGUGCUGUUGGAACCGAAUUCAUCGUGGGGCCCCAAAGCAGGAGAAAUCAAUGCU